AUGGCGCAUUUCUGCUCGAUGCCUAAGUCUGAGAUUGAUUGGGAUAAUCUUUAUGGAAACCGUUACAUACGCGAGCAUAUGCAAAUGAAGGCAGAAAUAGAUACGGAUCAUCUUAAGCAGAAUAUUGAUAAAUUGAAUGAGGAGCAACUUGCGGCUUUCAAGACAGUGACAGAAUCCAUGGAGCGAAGAGACGGGUCUAAAUUCUUUCUGAAUGGUAGUGCAGGGACAAGAAAGACAUUUUUCUACAACGCCAUUGCUGCGAGCUGCCGUUUGAAGGGAGAGAUUGUUUUGACUGUUGCAUUGUCCGGAAUAACUUCCUUAUUUUUGGAGGGAGGCCGUACUGCACAUUCAACAUUCAGAAUUCCUAUAGAUAUAACAAGCACCAGCAUUUGUUCAAUAGCUAAACAAAAGGAAGAAGCUGAAUUUAUAAAACAGGCGACUUUGAUUAUAUGGGAUGAGGUGCCGAUGCAGCAUAGGCAUUGUAUUGAGGCGGUAAACAGGUUGCUCCAAGAUAUUUAUGAAAAUAAGAAAGAUGACUUCGGAGGUGUGACUGUCGUUAUGGGAGGAGACUUCGGGCAGACUUUGCCAGUGAUACCGAAUGGAGGCCGAGCAGAAAUAGAUUUGUUUUCAAACUUUUCAAUUUUAUCAAUCUCGAUCACUUGCUGGUGA